CAUAUUACUGACCACUGCAUAAUGAUUGCUCUAUACGACCAUGUUCCUGACCUACCAUGCAUCAUCUUAGGUUUCCUCCUAAAUGAGUUCAUAUUCAUGCAGGCCAUCAUCGUGAUUUUCACCGCCAUAGGCGCAUUUGUAUUAGUCGUGAAGAAUAAGAGAAUACCACUGGGGAGGUAUGAUUGGAGAUUGUUGGUCGUGUCCAUUGGACUGCCAACUUUGACUGGAUUAGUAAUGGUAUAUUUUGACUUGUUUGGUCCAAGUGGAGCAUGGUGAGUUAUCCCUUAAAUUAUUUGCAACAACAAAUCAAUUUCAAUAAAUAUGAAGUUUUCUUGAUAAACAUCUAAUGACAAAUAUGGGAGUGGUCAUUUAUGUUAAUGGCAGGGGUCAUGUAUGUAACUUGUAGGGGUCAUUUCCAUUAAAGGGAGGGGCGAUUUAUGUUAAUAGGAGGGGUCCACAUCCAUCCCUAAAGCCAACGCUAUAGUCCAUAAAACACAAUAAUUCUCAGUUUUUUUUUCUUUUCUUUUAGGUGUUUCUUAGAUGGACGAAAUCCUUUAUAUGGACUCGUGAUGUCAGUUAUCUCCAUUGCCAUGAUCUUUACGACCCUUUUCAAUCUCGCAUGUUACGCAUCGGUUGUUUUUACCGUGUGGAGGAUCACAAGAAGGAUGGCCGACUUCAAUGAUGACGAAGCUGCAAAGAAAAACCAGUGCAUCAAAACCGCCAAAACGUUGGUGAUAUUCGUUAUUGCCUACUUUGGCCAGUGGUGGGCGUAUGUGUUUUACUCGUUCUGGGCGUUUAAAGAACUUCCACCUCUAUGGCUGACAUUAUUAACAGCUACGUUUUCAAAUAUGGGAGGUGUGUUUAAUUUCUUCGCCUAUAGCAGUUUCCGAAAGUCUCUUGUGAGCAGUGGAACAAACAGCUCCGAGACGAAUUCAGCGCCAGGAUGUACAUCGCUUGCAUCAAUAAAUGCGAGCAUGGCAGAGAGUAACACAGCGAUUGUUAGUACAAAUUUACAAGUGGUCGAUUGA